GUUCCAUCGGGCAGCAUCCGGUGGUAGCGGGGCCUGUGGCUCCCCCUGCGGGCGGUUCAGCGGCGUGCACAGUCGGGCCGGCUGGCUGGUGGGGUGCAGAGGCUCGGGCAGCAUGACGACGGAGACCUUUGUGAAGGAUAUCAAGCCUGGGCUCAAGAAUCUGAACCUUAUCUUCAUUGUGCUGGAGACAGGCCGAGUGACCAAGACAAAGGACGGUCACGAAGUUCGGACCUGCAAAGUAGCAGACAAAACGGGCAGCAUCAAUAUUUCCGUCUGGGACGACGUGGGCAACCUGAUCCAGCCUGGGGACAUUAUCCGGCUCACCAAAGGGUAUGCUUCAGUGUUCAAAGGUUGUCUGACACUGUACACUGGCCGUGGGGGUGAUCUGCAGAAGAUUGGGGAAUUCUGUAUGGUUUAUUCUGAGGUUCCUAACUUCAGUGAGCCAAACCCAGAGUACAGCACCCAGCAGGCACCCAACAAGGCGGUACAGAACGACAGCAGCCCUACAACUCCCCAGCCUACCACUGGACCCCCAGCCGCUUCUCCAGCCUCUGAGAGCCAGAACGGGAAUGGACUGAGUGCUCCACCAGGUCCUGGUGGUGGCCCGCAUCCCCCUCACACUCCCUCCCACCCCCCUAGCACCCGAAUCACUCGAAGCCAGCCCAACCACACACCUGCAGGCCCUCCUGGCCCCUCCAGCAACCCUGUUAGUAACGGCAAAGAAACCCGGAGGAGCAGCAAGAGAUAGCAUGACAUUCUUCCUCCUUUCCCGCCAGCAACCAUAUCCAAGUGUCUCUGCCAGAGAGCAAGACAGCCUUCUACCGGCUUUGGGAUUAGGGUGGGGGGAGAAGUAUUUUAGCCACUAAACUUUACUGGAGGGGUGGUGAGCAGUGGCCUUAUCCACUCAGCUAAAGCUGCCUGUCCCUUGGGAUUCAGGACCCUCUGCCUGCCUUCCUUCCUCUUUAGAAA